UCUGAAGAGAGCAUUGUUUUCCUUGAAGACAUAAAGAGAUUGACAGUUCCUAAGGAAGUCCUUCAUUACUGUCACCACAAGAAUGAAAAGAUUAGCAUUUUUUCUGCCAAAGUCUUGACAAGGCUAAUUAAGAAAGAUAUUAUAACAUUUUAUAAAAAACAAGAUUUGCAAAUAUUUGAAAAAGAAGUGAGAUUCUUGAUUGGCGGUGAAUAUAAAAAAAAAUAUGAAAUGAAUAACGAGUUUGAGAAGCUGUACUUCUGGAUUUUAGCAGCAGCCUACCUGAAAAUAUACCAACACAACUGUACUGAGCUAAAAACCCAUUUUAAGCAUAUAGAAUUAAAAAAGCUUAAAUCUAGCAAGAAGCCAUACGACCAUCUCUGCCAAAAAACGUAUCAUAAACUUACUGUUUCCUUGAUUGAAAGAAUCAAACAUUGGUCAACGCCUUUAGACCACAAUAAGACGUAUCCUCGAAACCUAGAAAAAUGUCUUUCCUUUCUAGACCAUGAAACAUCUGCUUCUGGAAAAGAUCAUGCAGUAAAAACAAUGAAGAGCUAUUUACCCAAUCUGCCUUGGGAUGUAAAACACAUUUUUGUAGCAAUAAUAACAGAAAAGAUCUUUCAGAAGAAAUUUGAGGAAUCUGCUAUGUACUUUUUCACACACAUUUGUGAUUUGGUGGGAAAAAAACAUGGUGAAAUAUUCCUGCCUGUGGUUGAAUGUGCAACAGAGUAUAUCCAGAAGAACUGGACAAAAGGAACUUUGGAUGCAUCUUUAAAACUUUUUGAAAUGGUUUUGAAAAUGUUGGACAACAUGAAGAAAAAACCAUACAAACUUACUAUUAUUUUUGACCAUUUCUUUCAAAAACUUUUAUAUCACCCUUUAAGUGAUGUCAGGACAUUUGUAGCUAAAUUUUUAUUCAGAGAAUAUCUAAAUGGAUUUGAUUUAAGACAACUGGGCAGUGCCUGCAUCAGAGUUAGUGAUGAACUUGUUGAGAAAUGUAUCCGCGAAAAGUUAUCCAACAGCUACCCAGACUUGAUUGUCAAAGAGCAAGUUGACAAAGGUUCAAAUGCACUAGUAUUUGUUGCAGAAACAUCGGGUGGUAGUGAAUCUCUGUUAUACAUGCUUCAGCAAAAGACUUUAAAUGACAUCUUGCAAACUAAUUCUACAGAUGAAGCCUAUGAAAGCUUUCAUGACAUAUCACGAGCAGUAAAUAAAUGUCAAGGACAUGAUAAUAUAAUUAAGUUGCAGAAUAUUCCAUCAUGUUCUGCACUUCCAUUUUAUGUAGUUGAACAUGGCAUACCGCUAUUGCAAUUCUUACAUGAGAAGGAAAACAAGCUUGCGUGGUCACAGAUGAUCGAUCUGCUUAUCGAUAUCACCAACGCAAUCAAUCAUUGCCAUAAUCAAUCUGUUAUCCUUCGUAAUAUCACUCCUGCCAGCUUUGAAGUUGUUCCAAGAUUAAAUGGGUCUUUUCAAACAAAGCUUUCUAACUUUCAAUAUGCUAAGUGCACACUUACUGAAGAAACUGAUAACAAUGCAGAGGAAUACAUAGAAGAUAUCAAUAUCCUAAGCUUCCAAGGUGAUGAACAUGAACCAGUUCCUGCAUACUUUAGUGCUCCCGAAACAUUGCAAAAUAGAACAUUUUCCAAGUGUACAGAGGCAUGGAUGGUUGUGGCAACAUUUUAUUCAGUUCUUCUGUAUGGCAGACAGCCAUUUCAGGAGUUAGCUCAUCUUAAAGUCUCUGAUUUUGUAAAGGAGAUAAUAUCAUAUCACAGAGUUGAAAUCCCUGGUUUAUUUGAUCAGGACCUUUGGGAAAUUGUAAAUUGCAAUUUUGAAAAUGAACCAAGCAAACGGAAGUUGGUUGACCAACUGCUAAAAGAUCUGGAAGCAUACAAAGUUAAUUUGGGAGUCAAAAAUAACAUUAUUUAUUCAGUGAAAUCUAUAUGUUCCUACAUUAACCCCGAAGAUAUCCAAAAGGGUUACUUAGACAAUGAAGGUAACUUUAUAUUUGAAAACCAUGAAGAUUUACCUCCAGAAAUUUACAAGGAUUAUUGUGAAACGAGAGAGAGUGACUACAUUUAUCAGACAGUGCAUGUAAAAAUGAACCUCAAUACAAGAAAAAAAUUGAAAGGAUUAAAUCAUGCAAAUAUUUUGAGAGUCCAAGAGAUACUAAAUGGUCCUUAUAAAACAACACUGGUGUGUAAUCUUGAUAAUUACAGACAAACAUUGGAGGAACUCCACACCGACAUUGAUAGAAUCACUAUCCUGUUAUACCUCAGACAGCUUACCAUGGCUUUGGAAGAGCUGCACUCAAAAAACAUUGUACAUUGUGAUUUGCGGGGCAGUCACGUUUAUAUCAAUCAAGAGCAGAAGACGCUUAAAUUGGGCUGCCUUGGAAGAGCUGUUUCUUUGAAAGGAAACCAUAUCAUCAAAAUGAUGCCUUCAGAAGCAAAAAAAUGGUCCGCUCCAGAGGUCCAAGCCAAUGGAAUUUAUUCACGUGCUUCUGAUAUUUUUGCUUUAGCGAUUGUAUUCUGGGAAGUUCUUAGCACUCAGACAUAUAUCAUUACACAAUUACGUCUACUCAAGCCAUUUAAGAAAUGUAAAAGCCACAUGGAUAUAGAUUUUACUUUUCCACGCAGUACAUGUGCACAGGAUCAUAUUUAUAAACUGGUGGAAUGCAUGGUGGAAUGCUGGAACCCAAAUCCAAUCAAGAGACCAAAACUUUCUAAUAUCAAACAAGUCAUUGAUGAACUGAGUGACGGCUACAUGACAAACCGGACUGAGAUCAUAAAUGAACCUUCAGAUGAUGAUGAUGAUGAUGAAGAGCUAUAUCAAUAUCGAUAUUCUCAUGAUGACGAUGCAAUAGUAUAUGAAGAAUCAGAAGACUCUGAGUCCGAAUUCCCUGUUUAUGAUAAAUGUAUAAGCUAA